AUUCUUUUUGGGAAAGAUGGCCGCUGAUUUUAUUUACUACUAGAAUCUAAAUCUACUACUAGAUCUACUACUAUACUACUAUUGAUCUCAGACAACUUGUUAAACUUUAGUCCACAAUUUACCAGAUAAAAAUUUAUACAGAAUGGAUGAGGAAGCUGAUUUUAAAACAUUGCCGAGCCUAUUCGAGCUCCUACAGGAAUGCAAUAAAGAAAUAAAAUCAGAAUUUUCACCUAACAUAACUUUAGCUGACAUAAAGCCUGAUGUAAAAACAUCUUUAAUAACUUUAGAGGAAGUAAAACCAGAUGUAUCUCCAGCUUUAGAAAAAAUGAAAGUAGGUGUAUCAACAUCAUUUACAACAGAUAACAUUGAACUGGAUUUAGGAACAUCACGUAUAGCUUUAGAGGACUUAAAACCAGAUGUAUCAACUUCUUUUUCGACUACUGAUUAUACGAAAUUAGAUGUUUCUCCAUCAUUUUCAACAUUUGACAACAUGAAAGUAGAUAAAUUAACAUUGUUUUCAAACUUUGAAGAAGGAAAGCCAAUUUCAUCAUUCAAGAGUGAAAACCAAAAUAGUUUUGAUGAACAAAUCCAACCUCUACCACAUUUAACUACUUGUGAAGAAUAUAUCCCACGUAUUAAAUCAGAUAUUUGGACUCAUUCUGUAGAUAAACAAUAUGAAUGUGAUAUUUGUCACAAAAAGGUAGCACGCAAGUCUAGUUUAGUCAAACAUAAAAAAAUUCAUUCUGGAGAUAAACCAUAUGAAUGUGACAUUUGCCACAAAAAGAUAGCAUGCAAGUUUAGUUUAGUCAUACAUAAAAGAAUUCAUUCUGGUCAUAAGCCUUAUGAAUGUGACAUUUGUCAUAAAACAUUUUCUCAGAAAGCUCAUUUAUUAUCACAUGAAAACACUCAUUCUGUAAAUAAACCAUAUGAAUGUGACAUUUGUCUUCAAAAGUUUUCAUACCGAUCUAGUUUAGCCAGACAUAAGAAACUACAUUCUGGACUUAAACUAUAUGAAUGUGACAUUUGUCAUAAAACAUUUUCUCUUAAUGCUAAUUUAUUAUCACAUAAAAAAACUCAUUCUGUAGAUAAACAAUAUGAAUGUGACAUUUGUCACAAAAAGAUGUCUCGCAAGUCUAGUUUAGUCAUACAUAAAAGAAUUCAUUCUGGUCAUAAACCUUAUGAAUGUGACAUUUGUCAUAGAAAGUAUACUCAGAAAAGUGCUUUAGUAUCACAUGAAAAUGUUCAUUUUGGAGAUAAAUUGUAUGAAUGUGACAUUUGUCACAAAAAGUUUCUCCGCCAGUCGAAUUUAGCCACACAUAAAAAAAUUCAUUCUGGAGAUAAACCAUAUAAAUGUGACAUUUGUCACAAAAAGUUUCUUUACAAGUCGCAGUUAGCCGAACAUAAAAAAAUUAGUUGUGGCCAAAAACCUUAUGAAUGUGACAUUUGUCACAAAAAGUUUCUCCACCAGUCUAGUUUAGCCGAACAUAAAAAAAUUAAUUGUGGCCAAAAACCUUAUGAAUGUGACAUUUGUCACAAAAAGUUUCUCUACCAGUCUAAUUUAGCCAAACAUAAAAAAAUUCAUUCUGGAGAUAAACCAUAUGAAUGUGACAUUUGCCACAAAAAGAUAGCAUGCAAGUUUAGUUUAGUCAUACAUAAAAGAAUUCAUUCUGGUCAUAAGCCUUAUGAAUGUGACAUUUGUCAUAAAACAUUUUCUCAGAAAGCUCAUUUAUUAUCACAUGAAAACACUCAUUCUGUAAAUAAACCAUAUGAAUGUGACAUUUGUCUUAAAAAGUUUUCACGCCGAUCUAGUUUAGCCAGACAUAAGAAACUACAUUCUGGACUUAAACUAUAUGAAUGUGACAUUUGUCAUAAAACAUUUUCUCUUAAUGCUAAUUUAUUAUCACAUAAAAAAACUCAUUCUGUAGAUAAACAAUAUGAAUGUGACAUUUGUCACAAAAAGAUGUCUCGCAAGACUAGUUUAGUCAUACAUAAAAGAAUUCAUUCUGGUCAUAAACCUUAUGAAUGUGACAUUUGUCAUAGAAAGUAUACUCAGAAAAGUGCUUUAGUAUCACAUGAAAAUGUUCAUUUUGGAGAUAAAUUGUAUGAAUGUGACAUUUGUCACAAAAAGUUUCUUUACCAGUCAAGUUUAGUCAGACAUAAAAUAAUUCAUUCUGGCCAAAAACAAUGUGAAUUUGAAUGUGACAUUUGUCACAAAAAGAUGUCUUGCAAGUCUAGUUUAGUCAUACAUAAAAGAAUUCAUUCUGGUCAUAAACCUUAUGAAUGUGUUAUUUGUCAUAGAAAGUAUACUCAGAAAAGUGCUUUAGUAUCACAUGAAAAUGUUCAUUUUGGAGAUAAAUUGUAUGAAUGUGACAUUUGUCACAAAAAGUUUCUCAGCCAGUCGAAUUUAGCCACACAUAAAAAAAUUCAUUCUGGAGAUAAACCAUAUGAAUGUGACAUUUGUCACAAAAAGUUUCUUUACAAGUCGCAGUUAGCCGAACAUAAAAGAAUUCAUUCUGGUCAAAAACCUUAUGAAUGUGACAUUUGUCACAAAACAUUUUCUCAGAAAGUUCAUUUAUUAUCACAUGAAAACACUCAUUCUAUAAAUAAACCAUAUGAAUGUGACAUUUGUCACAAAAAGUUAUCAUGCAAGUCUAGUUUAGUCAAACAUAAAAGAAUUCAUUCAGGUCAUGAACAUUUUGAAUGUGAUAUUUGUCAUAAAAAGUUUCUCCACCAGUCUAAUUUAGCCAGACAUAAAAAAAUUCAUUCUGGAGAUAAAUUCUAUGAAUGUGACAUUUGUCACAAAAAGAUGGCAUACAAGUCUAGUUUAGCUAAACAUAAAAAAAUACAUUCUGGUUAAAAAGCACAUGAAUGUGACAUUUGUCAUAGAAAGUAUUCUCAGAAAACUUCUUUAGUAUCACAUGAAAAAAUUCAUUCGGCAGAUAAACCUUAAGAAUGUGACAUUUGUCACAAAAAGUUUCUUUAGAAGUAUAGUUUAGCCAUACAUAAAAAAAUCAUUCUGGCUAAAAAGAAUUCGAAUAUGAAUGAGACAUCUGUCUCAAAAAGACAGCAUACAAGUCUGGUUUAGCAAUACAUACAAGAAUUAAUUUUUGCGAAAAACCAUAUGAAUGAAACAUUUGUCACAAAAAGUUUUCUCAGAAAGUUUAUUAUAACACGUAAAAACCACUUGAAUGUGACAUUUGCCAUUGAAAUUUUGCCCAGAUAAUGAAUCUUUUUUCAUUAAUUAGUUAACAAACCUUGUCCUUUUAUUGUUUAGCAUUUAUGAUAUUGUACAUUAUUAGAUUCCAUUAAAUUCUAUAAUAGGGUAUCUUGUUGUUAGAAGAUGCAAUGGAUUGUGCAUAAAGGGAGGUUUCAUUAGAUGUAAGUGGCGUGGGGUGGUGUGGGGGUCAAGCACAUGAUCACUGGGCAGUUACCAUUUUUAUGAAAAAUCUAUAUAUACUACUAAAACUCAACUUUGUUUACAUUUUUGAAUAUUUAUUUGUUUGUCUGAUUUCUUACUGUAAGGAAACUGCUGUAUAUGGGGGGCUGUAAAAUAGUAUGUAGGUAGAGAAUAAUUUUUGAUUGCAGACAGACUGUUAAUCACACAUUUUUUUGAAGACAUUAAUUAACUAAUUGAUUUAUUCAUAGGUAGAUUAACCACAUUUGUUUUAAAGUUUUAGAACAAUGGCUUAACUUUGACUGAAUAGUGAUGUUUGAUAACUCAUUUUUUUUUGUUUGUUUGUUUUUCUGAUUUGUUAUUGGAGAAAAUCUUCAUUAUGUGUAGAGCUGUGAAAUGGUAUUUUGAGUGGUAAAUAUUGUUCCUUCUUAAACACACUGUUAAUUACAAACUAAUUUAAAGCCGUUAAUUAAUUUAUUGAUAUAUUCAUGGGUAGAUUAACCACAUUGUAUAUAAAAGUUUAGAACAAUGAUUGUAGUAAUAGUAAAAAUGUUUUCAAUUAUUUUUCCUAAGGCCUACAUGUGAAUGAUAAGGUUGACUAUCAGGACCUCGCGGGGCACAGGGCAGGUGAAGUAGAGUUCACCUGUUUGUUUGUCCUAAGCAUAUGAAGGGAUAGUGUGGUCAGAGACAUGCUCGGCUGGAAUCGUUUUUUUAAACGAUAAAAACAUGUUGUCUGAGACUUGUCGGGACACUGGGCAGGUGAAGUAGAGUUAAGUAGGUCACCUGUGACGUCAGUAUAUGAAGGGAUAGUCCGAAAUCGUUGUUUUCGGUGUUUUUAAAAGAUAAAAAACAUGUUUGAAUGUGGGGUCUAUUUUUUGUGACGAUAAGUGACACUGCAGUAGCGUAGC